AUGGCGGAUUACACAGACUCGUCCUCCUCCAGCGGCGCUAGCGAGCUCAGUGACAAUGAUACUUCCCCCCGUCUCUCAGCUUUCCAGGCUGACAUCUCUCUGGAGGAAGGAGAAAUCAUCGUCGAGGCUGCCGAGAAGGAGAUCGAAGCCAAUGAGCUUCUCCCUGAAUUUGGAAAGAAAGAGGAUUCCCCGUCGAAGGUCGUCGUCAUGGCGCCGAGAGCGUACCAGCUCGAGAUGUUCGCCGAGAGUAUGCGGCGAAACAUUAUUGUAGUGAUGGACACCGGAAGCGGAAAGACUCAAGUUGCAAUCCUGAGAAUGAAGAAGGCACUCGAAGAUAUGCCAGAACACAAGGUUAAGCUGUUAACAGGAGAGGAAAAUAUCAAGACAUGGUCAACUGAGGCUAUUUGGAAUGGUUUUCUUAUGAAUGUGAAGAUCGUCGUCGCCACUUACCAGGUUCUUCUUGAGGCCUUAACCCACGCAUUUGUCAGGAUGGAGUCUGUGGCUCUCAUUGUCUUUGACGAAGCCCAUAAUUGCGUCAAAGAUCAUCCCGGAGCGAAAGUCAUGGACAGAUAUCACCUCUACAAGAAAUAUAAGCUGCCGGUCCCACACAUUCUAGGACUCACUGCGAGCCCGAGCAUGACCUCGAAGCCAAAAGACCUCUUGACCCUAGAGAGUACGCUGGAUGCUAUAUGCAAGGGCCCAACUCUCCACCGAGAUGAACUUCUCGCCCGGGUUAAGCGGCCUCAGCUCAAGCCUGUUCUGUACACGCCGUGCAGCCUAUUAAAUGUUGACAACAACAUCCCUCCACUCCUAAGACGUCUCGAGGAAGUGUACCAGGGGAUGGAUAUCAACGACGACCCCUACGUCGUGCGUCUCAAAACCGAAAAAGGCCCGAGGAGUAAACAAAAUCUAGAGAAGGCGCGCUCCAAAGGGGAUACUUUUGUCCAGAACCAACUCCGUCUUCUCAUAAGAACCACGAAGAUGCUACUGAAGGAGAUAGGUCCAUGGGCGGUUGAAUAUUUCGUUACUGAAACGAUCAGGCGCUUUCUCUCCAUCUUGGAUGGCAAGAUUAUUUUUGAGGAUUGGGUAAUCCGGGAGAGAGACUACUUGGCAGAGAAGUUAAGGAGUGUCGUUGCUGACUACCAGUCGACGAGGGAGGAGCAGCUGCUUUCACCGGCCGGCCUCACCGAAAAGACUCUGGCACUUCUGCAAGAACUCAAUUCUAGGAAAGGCGAUACCGUCGGCAUUCUCUUCGCAGAGGAACGUAUCAAAACUCCCCUCCUCGCACACCUCAUCUCCAUCCACCCUUUGACAAGGAACAAGUAUAAAGCUGGAACCAUGGUAGGCGUGUCUUCCUUUGCGGGGCGGAAGCGGGAUGUUCUUGAUUUGUGGCAUCAGGGGAAGAAGCCAGCCGCCGACUUGGAACGAUUUCGCACGGGCAAGAUUGACCUCUUGGUUGCGACGAGCGUCCUGGAGGAGGGUAUUGAUGUUCCAGCUUGCAACAUGGUCCUCUGCUUUGACAGUCCAAGGAAUCUCAAAUCUUUUGUCCAAAGACGUGGUCGAGCCCGGAAGAAAGAUUCGGAUUUGAUUCUUCUUGUCGACUCGACGUCCAACCUUCCCCGGGAUUGGGAGUCACUUGAAACCGAAUUGAGGAAACAAUACGAGGCCGAGGACCGGGAACACGCUAGGUGGGCUGAGCUGGAGGAGUCCGAACCAUACGGCGCCGACGAGUUUCUUAUCACCAGUGACAAGCGUGCGUUUAUUAAUCUUGACAACGCUAAGCAACACCUGGACCACUUCUGUCGCGUCCUCUCACCUGGAGAGUUUAUUGACUCACGCCCAGAUUACAUCUUCCACGAGGUCUCCGAGGGGGGUAUAUCUCGGUUCUCGGCAGAGGUUGUGUUGCCGACUUAUGUCCCUAUCCAUGUACGAACAGCCGAGAGCGCGAGAGAGUGGCUAUCUCAGAAAAAUGCGACGAAGGACGCUGCCUUCCAAGCGUACAGCGGACUGUUCAAGGCAGGUCUGCUCAAUGAUAACCUUCUACCUCUCCGCGAAGGCCAGGAAGAAAAGAUCGAGGCUAGAGAGGCGAAGAUUGAGGUCAGUGACUUGAUAUCUCCUUGGGGUCAGGUUGCAAGGGCAUGGGACGAUGGAACACUUUCGACCCACCUCGUUGCUCUACGGGAUGACCAAGGAAAGAUCUUGGCGGAGUAUGACAUGACGGUUCCUGAAGAGGUUCUUCCGCCACCAUGCAUAAAACUAUAUUUCGAGCACAGCAAUGGCCCAUGGGCAGUAGAGAUCGGCCGGCCCAUGCCACGGGAGAAGGGGGCUCUUGAUGGAGUUCAGCCGCCCGACCAUACGGUAGCUCUACUGAGCGUACCGUUUCGGCAUCGAUUUAAAUGGAAUCCAGAGUACAAGCAGCACAUUAUUGGCUUCCAUGCCAAGGGUGACCACCUUUCUCUAACCCAGAUCGCGAGCCGAGAAUUCGACAGCACGAAUUCGGAUAUCAGACAGGGUCACUACCUCAUCAGGGAUCCAUUCGACCACCCUUUUCUAUUUGGCGACCUCUUGCCAGGCAAGCCGCCUAUCGAGUCAGUCCGUCGUCCGUUUAGAGAUUUCGAGGAAGCACCGACGGAUGUUUCGUAUUUAAGCCUGAAGAAGUGGCCGCGUCGAUUGGACCUCCUUCAUCCCCUGCAUCCAUCGUCUAGACAGGAGAGUUUGAAGCCAUACGAACGGGUCCUCCCUAUGACUUGGGCCAAGGUCGACGAGGUCGAUGUCCGCCAUGCGAAGUUUGGUCAGACAAUACCUUGCAUUAUGCACGAACUAGAGGUGCAGCUUCUUGCCACCGUGCUGUCGAACACAGUGUUGAAGAAAAUAGAUUUCUCAAAAACCGAUCUGAUUCGCGCCGCCAUCAGCACGCCGUCGGCAAACGAGCCUUACAAUUACGAGAGGCUAGAGUUCUUCGGUGAUUCGAUCCUCAAGUGGUGCGCGACGUUCAAUGUCGCGGCGCUCAAGCCUGACCACCCCGAAAGCUACCUGAGCCUCCACAGGGAUGUUCGUGUAUCGAACUCCCGCCUCUAUAGAGCUUGCCUCAGCCUUGAACUUGACAAAUUUAUACUGAACAAGUCUUUUACUGGAAAGAAAUGGCGCCCAAUCUGGGUGGAAGAGCUGCUGACGAAGGGCGAGGAUCCGAACACCAGCAAGAGAAUAAUGGCAACGAAGACAUUAGCGGACGUAAUUGAGGCCCUACUAGCCGCUGCCUAUGUUGACGGCGGCAUGCCGAAGGCACUUGUCUGUCUACGCACGCUUCUUCAUGACCUUCCAUGGCUUGAUGUUGAGGAGUGCCACAGUAUCCUGCACGACCAUGCGAAGGCGGAUGUGCCUCUUCCAGCAACAUUGCAACCUGUGGAACAGUUGAUCGGCUACUCGUUCAAGAAGAAGUCGCUACUAAUCGAGGCGUUGACCCACGCCUCGUACAUAGGUCCAACCGCAACAUCUCUGGAGCGGUUGGAGUUUAUAGGCGACUCCGUUCUGGAUCAUAUUGUCGUCUCGAGGCUAUUCAACGUCGACCCGCCUCUGCCGCACUGGAAGAUGCACCGGCUGAAGACGGCCAUGGUGAAUGGCGAUUUCCAAGCCUUCCUCGUCAUGGAGCGUUGCAUCUGGCAAGAGACGGCCAAUGUCACCGAGAAUGAGGAGCCGGAGAAAGCUUCACCCAGACCGUCGCGGUGGAGUUUGGAAAGGAGUGAAUUUAAACAGCCAUUGUGGGCGUUCAUGAGGCACUCGUCUUCCGGUGUAGCCAUUGAGCAGGAGGUAGCAAUGAGGAAGCACGCAGCUCUACGUGAGCAGAUUAUCCAGGAGCUUAACUCGGGACGGAACUACCCUUGGGGCCUUCUCUCACGCUUACAGGCGCGCAAGUUCUACUCGGACCUUUUCGAGAGCUUACUCGGUGCGGUAUGGGUUGAUUCGGGCUCGAUGGAGGCGUGCGAGGCAUUCUUGACCAAGUUUGGCCUCUUGGGCUAUCUGGAUCAUAUCCUCGAGGCUGAUGUUCAUGUCACGCAUCCUAAAGAGGAGAUUGGUUCGCUGGCUGGCAACAAUACUGUGGACUAUGAUAUUGAGAUGAAGGAGAGCCAGGAUGGGACGAAGCGGUUCUCGUGCAAGGUGGUUGUUGGGGGUCUUGUGAUAGCUGAGGUGGAUGAUGGAGUCGAUCGUGAGGAAGUUAGGAAGAGGGCCGCUGAGAAAGCUGUACGGCUGAUGAAGGAGGAACGAGACGAACAAGAUGAGAAAGAUAUGGAACGAAAUGGAAUGGCAAUGGCAAUGGAUAUAGACCAAGUACAGGCGGCGCCAGGUGUAAGGUCUAUAUGA